AUCAAAAUAUCGGCGAGGUCCGCGUCCGGUCUGCACCUGGCCGUCCGCGGGUGACACCCCCGCCAGCCUCGUACUGAGACUUAUGAGUGCAAGACUCAUGUCGCACCAGUAUGCUGAAAGGGUCCACUUGUUGUUUAUCAGCGUCUGAAGGUUGUAGUCAAUCGAUCUCGCUGACAUUUGCUCGCUUCUCUUUGCAAACUCUCACCGCUGACCGAGGGGGUUAACUGAUGAUCUUGUCAUUCAAACAACAGGAAUGAGUCCCAGCAAGAUUCCUCGCCUUGGGGGUCUUCCACCUUCACCUCUGGGGCCGAAUGGUCGAAAGAUUAGUGGUACAACAACAAUGACAGAAACCACAGCUCCUGACACGCCGAAACUUGGCCCACCCGCUACGAUUCAUUCGAAGAUCGCUUCCCGUAUCCCUCAGCCAGCAUCCCCGGGCCUCACUGCUAGAGGCUCGCCUAGACUACAAUCGCCCAUUACCAUCGCCUCCAGUCCCAAUAGUCCCUCGUCGCUUCCUGUGCCCAAGGCGAGCCAUCGACGAAAGACCCCUUCGAAUGGUCUAUCCCCUCCGGUCCGACGAGCAUCGGGUCCGGCGCCACAAUCGCCUCGAAGACGACCUGUGCCAGUCUUGAGCGGCAGCGAUGACGAGUCACAGAUCCCCCAUCUCACGCCUCGCAGGCAGCUCAGACAUCCGGCCUCCACAAUGAACCUUGGCAAAGCGCCUAAACCGAUCAAAGGACGCAGUCGAGCCAAGAGCGCAGCCGCCAGCACUACGCGCCCCGAUCCGGCGACUGCUGAUGUUCCAGCGAUGCCAACGAUCAGUCCGACUUCUCGGCUCACGAGUCUUCUGCCCGCGAUCAAGACCUAUCUGUUUGAUUCUUCGACCGAGUCACGAGAGGCUGUCCCGCCACACAUUUCGUCCCGACUCAAGAUGAUCAAUCAGCUCGCCGAGGUACUGGGGAAGGAGCCGAAAGAUCUCCAAGAUGUCAUUGACAUACCCGGACUCUUGGCAAGGGUGGAUGCGGCUCACGAGAAGGGAUUUGGAGCUUAUCCGCCUGGCGAAAAUGGAGGGUCAUUGGGUCGACGAACGAGUUCGGCAUCUACCAGUGGUUCACAGUUGAAUACGGCUGAAGCAGAUGCGCCCAAAGGUCAUUCCCGAUCCGCGUCUUCUGAUCGGGGCGGAAAGCGGGUCUUUGGACUCUGGAAGCAUUUUGGGAAACGAGGAGUUACGGAGGAGGCCUCUUCACCUUUGAUCGAGUCUCUCUCAACUGACGACGGACCCGUAUUUGGCGUGGCACUAAACGAGGCACCAAACGGCUCAUGGUGUACAUCCUUGAUCGGUGGUCAGAAGCAUGAUCUGCCGUUGGUGAUGUUCACAGUGACCGAGGAGAUCUACCGGAGGGGUAUGUCACAGCCUGGGAUAUUCCGCCUCGCCGGCGAUGGACAUCGAUUAUCACACCUAAUCGAUACAUAUAACACAUCACCUCUAUACGGUGAUGGGGUACCUCUCGAUGGCGAACCUGUACACAACCUCACCGGACUGAUCAAGCGCUACGUCAGAGAUCUACCCGAGCCCAUUCUCGAUGAAGCGAUAUUCCCCGCACUGCUCAAGUUUUGCGCGACAGACCCGGUGCCAGGGGAGCCAGGAACACCACCACCACUCAGUCCAGAAGCUCAAAUUACUGCAGCUCAGCUUCUCCUUCAACUCUUGCCUCCUCCGCACUUUUCGCUCCUCAUGUACCUUCUCGCCUUUCUCGGUCAACUGCCUCUGUUCCCAGACAAUCGCCUCAACAUUGACUCCAUUUCCAUCAUCUUUGGUCCUGCGGUCUGCGCACCGCGAGGCAAAGGCAUCAGCGGGCUUGGUCCUGUGCCCGUUGGGAGAGGAUCCGAUGCCAGUGAAAGUGACAAGAUCUCUGCAUUAGUCAAUGACAGUCAAGUUGUCUUGGCAUGGUUGUUGAAGAAUUGGGGAGAUUUGAGUGCGAAGAUGUUGCAAGAUGACUCGGAGGAGCUAUCGAUGAGCAGCUCUUCAUGCUCUCCGUACGAUCCACGACUCUUGUCUCCGAUCGAUCUUCGAGGCGCGACAGCGGGAGACUCGCCCUACAGUGGUCGGCCGUCGAUGGAGAGCAAGCCGGCAGUAGACCCGGCACAGAUUCUGUCCCCACCCGAUCGAUGGUCCUCGAUGAAUGUCCUGUCCCCUCCGCUGUCAGCCUCACCGACGGAUCAAUCCCCGCGCGAGUCUACCACCCGCGAGCCCACCGGUCGACCUCGAUCAUCCACGUCUGCCAUGUCACCGUCCCCUUCUUUCGGCUUGGGCCUUUUCCAUCGAGCCAAAUCAUCAUCUAAUCUCGCCCUCGAAGCGGAUCGGAGCUCAUUCGAAUUGUCUCCAUCGAUGAGCAGUGGGGGCAAGGCGAAACGCAGUGCUAGCUUUACAAGCCUGAGCAGUCUGCUCAAGCUUGGUUCCAACAAGCCCGAAUCCAAUAUGAAGAGCUCACCUGGCAGACGAUCCACCGAGGAGUCGAGACAUCCGCCCGCCAAUACCAAUACCAAAGUGCAUACCAUUGUCGACUCCUUGCACGACCUCUUGAUCUCCAAGGACAAGCAGAUUGAAAGAGAUGCUAGAGAGCUUGCACUGCUCAGGCAUACGCUGCUCGAGAUGGACGAAAAACUACAGCGAAUGUCAGGGGUACAGGAGGCCUCGUACUUGUCGUCUUUGCGACCCGGCGCAGUCCCUUCGUCUAUCCCCUUGUCAUCGCAUUCUUCGUCAAGCUCAGGUCAAUCGACCUACUCACAGACAUCGAGGACUCCAAGCAUCACCAUCACUUCGUCCAAUUCGAGUCAGCGAUUGGCCCUACCGUCCAGUGCUGUGGCUGUUAAAGACACUCACCUCAACCAGCUUCAGGAUCAGCUGUCCGCCGCCCUGACAGCUUUGGACGCGGCAAGGUCGCAGAAUCAUGAACAGAAAGGUCGAAUGUAUGACCUGGAGAGGCAACUGGCGAGAUGUGAAAGCGAACAUCAGACAGAGGUCGCAAGAUUUGAAGUUCAAUUAGCGAUUGAGCAGACGAGAGUAAGAGGUCUGGUCGAGGAAAGGGACCUGGCGCGAGAUCGAUUGGACAAGGUCAAGUCUUCGUUGUUCGCUGUUGCUUGAGGACGGGCAUGGGACGUAUUCAUCCUGUCAAUACCAGUAGGGCAUAGGCUGACACAACGCUUGUGACGGCGCACCGAUGCAGAGCAUGCACUUCAGAUGAUUCGCGGCGAUGAACAAGUGAACAAGGUAAAUGUCUGUCUGAAACGGGUAUG